AUGUUUUCUCCACGCUCUCUCGUUUUCGGCGCCCUCGGCCUCAUGCUUACUGGAACUAGCUCUGCAAUGCAAGCUUCCAACAGCCUUCUGUUAAAUAGUGUUGCCGAGUCACUCGCCCUGCCCAUAUACACCUGGUCGGCGAAUGGAACCCACCACGCAAAGGGAUAUACAACCAAAGACGCCAAUGAGACCGAUGUGAAGGGAAUGCACGAGGAUUGUGAAAACAUCAAUCUGAACCGCAAACUGGCGACCGACUUCCGCAGCGAUGUUCUUGGGCCCGGUGCCAUUGGUUUCUUCUACAAGUGUGAGCGUAUCAGCCACGAUACCAACCUGUACUGGUUCACUAUCAGCUCUGGGGAGCAGUCGCAGAUUGACCAGCUCUGCGAUCCUAACCAGAAAUACCCAAUUGUUUACGAUUCUCAACACAAGACCUGGUUUAUUGAUGAGCCAUUUGAGUGCACCCAGCGAACUGCUCCCUCGGUCUCGGCUUAG